AUGACCGAGCCCCAAAAGGAGUUACACACAUCACCAGCCCAGACGCUACAAUUCCAGGCACACACAUCACCAGUCCAAUCUCUCCAACUAUCGCGAAACGGAAGAUAUUUGCUAACGUGUGGUCUUAAAGAGCCCAUGAUUAAGCUGUGGAAGGUUGCGGAUGGCGCGGAAAUGUCCGAGUUCGAGGUGAACUCCAUCCAUGGAACGAACGAUCUGUGUCUCGAUUCCAGAGAUGAAAGGUUCGUGAGCAGCGGCGCAAAUAUUCAAUUGUGGGAUAUCUUGAAGACUAAGCCGGUCCAAAUCUGGAACACGCAAAAACAACUACAAAAUGCCGAGAUGUGUAAGGUAUCUCAGAGCAAACUCGUGGAUGGGGGCUUGAUCUUCUCAGCAGGCUACGAUGGUGCCUUAAAAAUAUUUGAUAUCAGACAGAAGCUGACAGGACCAAUUGUGGAGUACCAGACUUCUCACGAGAUGCUCAAUUGUCUGGAACUGGAGGGGUUCAAGGUUUGCUGUGGUGGUAACGAUGGCUAUCUGUACAGCUUCGACCUCAGGAGCGAUAAGCUGUACUCGGACAUGUUCGAUACCAAGUCGCAGGUCAUGUCGAUCGCAAGCGACCACGCAAAGACGUUUUUGUCAAUGGUGGGAAAAACGCAGAUUUGCGAGUACGAUCUCGCCCGCGGAAAGCUGGUUUCCAUCAACCAGCACUGCAUAGACAGUGUGGAGAACUACAUGGUGAACAUCUGCUACAGAAACGAUUGGCUGGUCUCCGGCAGCGAGCAGGGCAAAAUUUACGCUUUUAACGGCGCCAGAAGAGAGGUCUUUGGCUUAGGCAAAACUGGAAAGGGCAAGGUGGUCAAAGUUGCGAGUAGUAAGGGCUUAGCCGGUGGAAACACCGUAGCUGGUGGCUGCGGCGACGGGGUGUGCCAUAUAGUAAGCAUAGAGUGA